AUGCGGGAAGCCCCCGCCGCAGCCGCAGCGCAUGCACGGGCGAGGCAAACCGUGUCUGCAGCAGCAGCAGCAGAAGCAGCAGCAGCAGCAGCAGCAGAUGAUGGUGGUGAUGAUGAUGAUGAUGAGGGUGUAGUAUAUGGAGAAGAAGAAGCAGCAGCAGCAGCAGCAGCAGAAACAACAGCAGCAGGGAGGAGGAGGAGAUUAGCACAGAAGGCGCAGCAGCAGAUAAUACAGCAGCAGCAAAGGGGGCAACAGGAGCAGCACAAGAUACAACAGCACCAGCAGCAGCAGCACCAGAGAAGCAGCAGCAGCUGCUGCUGCUGCUGCUGCAGCAGCAAAGGGGGCAACAGGAGCAGCACAAGAUACAACAGCACCAGCAGCAGCAGCACCAGAGAACGUCGCCAUACCGAAAUUUAUCGUAAUGGGCACGCUGCAGCAGCAGCAGCAGCAGCAGCAGCAGCAGCAGCAGCAGCAGCAGCAGCAGCAGCAGCAGGAGGGUUAGCAGCAGCAACAGGAUUAGUAGCAGCAGCAAUAGCAACAGCAGCACAGCAGCACCACCACCACCACCACUACCACCACCAUCACCACCACCACCACCAUCAGCAGCAACAGCAGCAACAGCAGCAGCAGCAACAGCAGCAGCAGCAGCAGGAGCAGCAGCAGGAGCAGCAGCAACAUACUUGUUAUUUAGAGAAUAAAGUAUAUUAG